GCGCCCUGCAGCUGCGUGCCCAUCUCUCAGCGCCGUAGACCGAGGCUGCUGGAACCCAGCGUAGUUUUACUUUGUCCCCGUCCCCCUCUCAGUCCCUGGUCCAACAUGAUACUGACCAAAGCCCAGUACGACGAGAUAGCCCAGUGCCUAGUGUCUGUGCCGCCCACCAGGCAGAGUCUGAGGAAGCUGAAACAGAGGUUCCCCAGUCAAUCGCAGGCCACUCUGCUGAGCAUCUUCUCCCAGGAGUACCAGAAACAUAUUAAAAGAACACAUGCCAAGCAUCAUACUUCAGAAGCGAUUGAAAGUUAUUAUCAGAGGUACCUGAAUGGAGUGGUGAAAAAUGGAGCUGCCCCAGUGCUCCUGGAUCUGGCCAAUGAGGUGGACUAUGCACCCGCAUUAAUGGCAAGGAUUAUACUGGAGAGGUUUCUACAGGAACAUGAGGAAACGCCACCCUCCAAGUCUGUUAUAAAUAGUAUGCUACGGGACCCUUCUCAGAUUCCAGAUGGAGUUCUCGCAAAUCAGGUCUAUCAGUGCAUUGUGAACGACUGCUGUUAUGGCCCGCUGGUGGACUGCAUCAAACACGCCAUUGGUCAUGAGCACGAAGUCCUGCUGCGAGGCUUACUUCUCGAGAAAAAUCUCUCCUUUCUGGACGAAGAUCAGCUUCGUGCAAAGGGCUAUGACAAAACCCCAGAUUUUAUUUUACAAGUACCAGUUGUAAUGCUUUGUCCCUUAGCUGUGGAAGGGCACAUAAUUCACUGGAUUGAAAGCAAAGCCUCAUUUGGUGAUGAAUGUAGCCACCACGCCUACCUGCAUGACCAGUUCUGGAGCUACUGGAAUAGAUUUGGGCCAGGCUUAGUCAUCUAUUGGUACGGAUUCAUCCAGGAGCUGGACUGUAACCGGGAGAGGGGCAUCCUGCUCAAAGCUGGUUUCCCCACGGACAUUGUCACGUUAUGCCACAGCACAGCUUGACCCCGAUGGUCCUGGAAGAGAAGCCCGGAGGAAAAGGUGAAUCCGGAAGCAAUUUUACUUUCCUGCAGUGUAAACUCCUGGCAGCAUCUGCCCUGAACUUCAGCUGAACCCUUGCUGCCCGCAGUCCCACUGCUGCCUCUUUAGACAAACAUAUCAAGAGUUUCUGUUUUCCUUCAUCCCUUGCUGAUGUGAGCAGCUAAGGACGACAGACACAACCCACUCAUUAUCAGCAUUUCUGUCUCUGUCAAACAGUUAGUUUAUAGAUAGUCAUAAUCUUUCUUCCUUCCGGAAGGUUUCUCCUUGUAGACGGAACAAAAGAAAAAAUGUGGAGGCUGAAAGGUGUGAUUUUUCAAUUCUCCUCCCAGUUACCAAAUCACCCUCUAAUUUUUUUUUUCUAAGCCACCUUUCAUUCUUGCUCCCUCCCCUUUCUCUUCACAUACAGAUACCCAGUGUUAGGUUACAGGCUGGCCUGGAAUAAUCUAGCCAAAUCCUUGAAAAUCUCAAGCCACGAAGCCUGCAUCAGACCUUCCCCUCUCACCUAAAGGGCUCCCACAGAACUUGGGUCUGGCCUGGACUGUGUGCCCGUGUUGUCCAGUCUUUACGGUUUCCUGAGUUCUAUGGAAAUGAGCCAAGCUGAAAAAAUAGACUUGAUGAGAAUUUCCUCUUUUUUUAUAGUACUUAUUUGAACACUAAACAUUUUCUAUUUAUCUCAUUUAAAAGUAUUAGUUACAUUGUGUCUGGAAAGCACAAUUCUUUGGAUUGGGAGCUGAGGGAGAUGACUGAGGCUCGGUGCCAAGCAUUGACAAGAGUUUGUUUUUAAUACGGCUGGUUGUCAGUAUGUAGAGUAGACAGUAGGUUGUAUUUUUAUGAGUAAAAAAAUUUUUAAAGCACAUUCCGUAUACUGCAUUGUGCCUACAGUUCAUAACUAUUUAAUAUUAGAAUAACUUAGAAAUUAACUAUGUUCAGCUUGGAAUGAUUAAGUAUUCAAACCUAGAGUGGUUUUCAAGUUAGCAAAAUAAAGAUUUUGUGAUUGCUCCCUUUUCGUUUAGUAACUUUUUUUAUAUUGCAAACUAAAUUUCACUCAAGCAAAACAUCAGUAAAUCAUUAUCAAGCCUUAACUUUGGGAAAAUUAAAAAUCGAGACCCAGAAAUGCAUUUAGUAAAAUAUUUCCCCCCAUGUUGACAAAAGUAAGUUUUAUAGUAAUGAGUCAGUACAUUUGGAAACAAUAGUAAAAGUGUAACUUAUGUAGAUAAUUUUAAGUAUUGUGCUUGUUUCAAGUCGAAUGUGGUGCAGAUAUUCAUACUUUUG